AUGCGAACGUUUCAAAUAUUCGUCGAAUCCCGAAACACUAUACAAACAGAAUUCCAAGACGAGAAUGCGAUUCGAUCGUGCAACGUCAACGUGGAUUUGCUUCCCCACGGCUAUUUCAGGGAUGAAACGUUGUCCCGCCAGCUUACCAAGGUGGGCACGAAAAUGCAUUUGAAAGUCGAAAAUGUGUCGGGAGAAAGUACAAUGCAAAAGCCUUCGGCAGCUGCACCGUUAUAUUCUUUAGUAACCGUAAUAGCGAGGAAAAUGGUUUCUGCGAGGUGUGAAAAUCGUAAUAUCAGAUACGGGAGCGAGCCGUGGUUGAGAACCGUGAAGCUUGCUGAGCUCGGAACAGAGAUUUCACUGCCCUGCGUUCUGAAAUCACCGCAGUGUGAAGGUCUGCACAGCAUCAAGUGGUACCACGGAUCCACGAGGAUUUUCAUUUUCAGUGAGGACGCCGGGAUUAUACGCGGCAAUAACGACAUUGCUGCUAGGGCGGACAUAGAGUAUUCAUCGAAUUCAUCGAAAUCAUAUUUGAAGAUAACCGAAGUUCAACUGAACAACGAGGGUCUGUACAGAUGCGAGGCUACAUAUAUGGCAGUCAACCGAGAAUGCAACAACGUACAGCAUGUUGUUCUUAACGUCACAGUGCAACCAGCGUUUGUACGUGUCAUCGAUGAAAAUUCCAAAAAUACUUUGAGUACCGGCGCCACUUUAGGACCUAUAAACGAAGGUUCGAUAAUAUCAUUGUACUGCGAAAGCGGAGAAGGCAAACCUGUACCUACGGUCGAGUGGUUUAAAGAUGACCAGCUACUCGAAGCAACAAACUCAAGGACUGUUACUGAUACCGGAAUUGGUACUGGCAGUAGUUUACUGGAGAUGCAAAUUACACGAGAAGAGUUAGGCACAACAUUCACGUGUAAAGUCAACAAUAUUGCACUCAUGGAACCACUAACAGUUGAUAUUAAACCCAACAUACAUGUACGCCCACUGAAAAUGGAUUUGGAUGGAGUGGUUGGUCACGUCGUGCAGGGCACAAAGAUUUUAUUGCAAUGUAAAGUACAAGCCGCACGACCCGCUGCUAAUGUGACGUGGAAGAACGGAACACACUUUUUAAGCAAGAACAAUGAGCGACUCGAAAUGUUUGAAACAAAAAUAGAGGAAAAUGAGGAUAGUACAUUCGAAACCAUAAGUUAUCUCGCGUUUACUGCAUCCGUAUACGACAACGGUAAAACAUUCAAGUGUUACGCCGAAAAUUCGGUUACUCGUACUGAAGACCUAAAACCAAUGAAGGAAGCAACAACGAUCGAAGUAUUAUAUCCGCCAAUAAUUAAAAUGAAGCCAAACAACAUAACCGUUAACGAGACAGACAACUUUUUAAUAUUCUGCGAUUAUGAGGCAAAUCCGGCUACGCUACUAAAAGUGACGUGGUUACGAGACGACGAUGAAUUAAUGUUAAACGAAGAACAUUACGAUGGUGGAAUCACAGAACAAACAGCACUCACAGUGAAAAACGCGACUCCUAGUGACAUGGGUUCUUACAAAUGCAUCCUAGAAAACAACGCCGGUCCAACCGUUUCCGAGGAUGCCGUACAGGUUUCAGUCUUUUAUAAACCAGUGGCAGAAGUGAUAAUGGAUCCGGAAACACCUGUGAACGAGGCGGAUCGUCAGAAUGUUUCACUAACGUGCGAAGUCGACGCCGGUAAUCCGGCGAUACUGACAGCCGUCCGUUGGUAUUUGGACGGAGAUCUAUUGAAAGAACUUCCGGAUUGCUCGAGGAAUAGCACUGCCAUGACAACAAGCUCCGAGGAAUCACUGGCAUUCUGUGACAUCGACCCCAGCAAGCUGCUGCUGGAAUCUGUCGGCCGCACCUUCCACGGCAACUACUCCUGCGAAGGGAAAAACGAAGCUGGUUGGGGACCGACCUCCCCGAGCACGCCUGUCAUAGUUUAUUAUAAGCCCGGCCCGGCAUCGAUAACGUAUGAACCUCGGCAAGUGGUGAAGAAACAAGCAUUAUCCAUCACUUGCUUCGUUUUGGAUCCCGGCCGACCGAGAGUGUCAGGCUUCAAGUGGCUGCGCGGCUGGCACCGACUUCCAGACGAGAACGAAGCCACACUUUUCAUCGAGUCGGUUAAUUUGGAAACCGAGGCGAAUUUCACAUGUCUAGCUUACAACGAAGCUGGUGAUGGAGAACCAGCCACAACGUUUAUCGACGUAUCCGCGGCCCCGACGUUCAUUAAGAAGCUCCAUUCGUAUCGCGGCUACGUCUAUAAUGCGCCUAACGUGAGCAUCAUGUGUUGGGUCGAAUGUGCUCCGAUCUGCACUAUUUCCUGGCUGAGAGAUGACAUUCCCAUGGACUUCACGAAAACGAAUCGAUACUACGUGUCGAACGUUUAUCAUCCACCUGACCCAAGGACCAACGACUUCGAGAGCAUGCAAUCGACUCUCAUAUGGAAUCUGACGAUCUGGCCGAAUGGUCAGCUAGACCGUGCUGAGGAUAACGUCAAAUUUACCUGCAAGAGCAGCAGCAACGGAAUCGGUGCGGGCGUGGAGAGUAGUACCCACUUUCAUGUCGAGUUUCCCCCAGAGGAUAUCACAAUAUCGAAGAAGAUAAUCAAUGUGACAGUGGAUACAGUACCGGAAACCGUUGAGUGUAACGCGAAAGCGCGACCAAAACCGAACUUCCGAUGGUUUCGCGAAGGGUCCACUGAUACCAUUAUGGAAGGUCAUGUAUUUGACUUGAAAAUGCCAAUACCACGGCGUAGUAGUGGCACUUACUAUUGCGAAGCAUCGAAUCGUCAUGGCUCCUUGAAUAUCUCAAUUAUCAUGAAUGUGCAAUUUAAACCAGAAUGUCACAUAGAAAAAGAACGUUUCGAGGGCCAGGACUAUGUCGUUUGCUCAGCCAUUGCCAAUCCGAAAGAGACGGAUUUCACUUGGUCAUUGAAGAACGAAAACGACUCGCUGGAGCAGGUCGCACAAAUGCGAAACGGAAAAAGUUACAUGCCACUUGAUACCUCAGUUACUAACUUACGGACGUACGUGUGCAGGGCAAACAACACAAUCGGCCAUUCCGUAGCGUGUGAACGCGAUAUACCAGGACAUAUACCUUGGUGGCAUCGAUUGGAGGGUAAUCUGCUACUGAUUAUUAUCGUAGUGACGGUGAUCAUGAUACUAGUCCUAAUAUUGAUCUGCGUGGCCAUUUACAUCGUGUGCCGACGAAAACGCAGCCAAUUGAAAUACAGUACUCGGGUGGUCGAGCUGGAGGAACGCGAACAUCCAGACGGUGGACCGCCCAGUCCAACGGUAUCCUCGCACUCGGUUCAAAGUCCGGCACAGCCGACAUCGGCGCCGAGAUGGCCCUUGAAGCCAGGCGUACUAGUGCACAUCAAUCGAACUCACAGCCUGCGAUCCGGCCUGAGCGUUCGUGCGAACGAGACUAAUCUGCAAAACGAGCUGAUGGGCAAACAUAACGACGAAUCGCUCAAACAGAGGUUCCUCGACGAGACGUCAUUGUCGUCGAUCGGUUGUAACCCAGCUCGGACAGUAUUCCGCCGCGGUAGGAAAGAUCAAACCGCGCAGAGAACAACCAGCAUGACCAGUCUGAACGAAGACGGUAUGCUUGCGCGGGCUAACAAGAUAAAAGCCAUGUUUGGCGUACAGCUCAAAGAGCAGGCCACCCUACCCGGUAUAUCCAGAGAAAAGACAGCUGUGACUUACAAGAGAAUUGUGCCGCGACAGCGGAUGUUGCACGGCGUGGAACCAUCCUAUGAGCCAAAUCGUGGUAAUAUAUCUCGUAAGAGAAAAAAACCUGGAGCAGAUCCCAAUCAAGCCGCGAAUAACAAUCAUGUGAACAGCGUGUCGGAAGUUCUUCCCGACUCUGGGACAAAGACGUUCUACGAAAAUUUACCUUUCCACGGGAUUCAAGCGCCACCUAACAAGUUGGUUACUCCUAAGUUUGCCCGAGUUUCGGCUUUGCAUGGCACGUUGCAUUCCAUCACGACCUCGCCGUGUUCCUCGCGGCCACCUAGCAGAGCUGUCAGUCUGUGCAAUGGCAGUUCCGGUUAUGAGUCGACCAUGAGCCACCUAGGCCCUCACUACAACAUCUACAACGUGCCCAGGAGCAAUUCACCAGUGCUUAAAUACAACACCCUGAAACCACGGCGGCGCAAACAGAAACACUCGCAACAGUUCUAUUCGUUGCGGUUGUGUCGUCGGCAUGAAAAUAUCCGCAGGAAAUACGAGCUAUAUGCGAUACCAAUCUAUAAGACGUGCCCGCACAGGAGCGACAGCACGACCACAAUCGCGACGAUCGUCCGGUCGAUGGAGGAUACGCCGUCCUUGACCCUAAGCCAAGCUUCGGCAUCGAUCAGCCUGAUGAGCCGAUCGGCACCGUCGACGCCGAUACCAUCGUCACCGACGACACCACCGAUACCAGCACCGAGGAUGUCCAAAAAAACUGAUCCAUCCAAACACACCUACCAAAAUGUCCCUCCUCCCGUUUUUCCGCCGAAAAACGCUUCGUUGCCUAAGCUUAAGACCGACAGCCUAUACAACUACAAAGAACACUACCAGCAGCAGCAUCGGCAGGAGAUGCAACAGUACAGCUACCCCUUACCGAGCAACAGUUCGAACCAACUAACACUGCCACUAACGAGCAGCCUCUACCAUUCCUCGAUAGUUAGUCCCCUGCAGACUUCCCUCGUUUACACUAAUAACAGCCGGCCAUCCACCCUGAUGCACCAUGAGGCUGCCACUACUGGCAAUCACUUGCCUACGGUGCAUCGGGACGAGGAGCAGCAGUCGAAUUACGGUAAUCACGAUGCGAGACAAUCAUCGACGCGUCGACACGCGACGAAUAGACGAAACGAGCGUAAUCGGAAGUACCGGAAACACGAGCGAACGUCAAGUGAUCGAAGCAAGUCGAAGCAAAGCCGACAAAGGGAUAGAGAUAAUCCUUCACGGCGUAGCGAUGCUUCCUUUGUCGAUACACCCAACUACGAGACCAGCUUCCAUCAAAUCCCGGAUCUGGGCGUGCCCGAGACGACGUACAAGAUCUCGUAUCCGCAUUACUACGAGGAUGACAUCGCGGAGUGCUCGACCGACUAUCACAGAACAAACUCGGCGAAGGCGCGCCAGCAACAGCAGCAACAGCCGCCGUGGGAGCAUCAAUCGAAUCGCUGCACUGGCAAUAACACGCCUCAAUUCGCAGCGGACGCGGCCGACACGAAAAGUCGCAACAAAACGUCGAAGACGAGACUCAGCGACACCCGCAGCAUACCAUCUGCGCCCACGAUAAUGCAGUACGCCGAGUUUCACUUCCGGGAUGUCGGUCAGGAGAUCGAUGUCUAAAGCCCUUCAAGCCGGAAUUCUCGGAUCUCGAUUAUGCGGACGUGGACUACAAGUCGUACGGGCCGAUUAACUAUAAAG